UCGGGGUUGGUUGAGGAAAUUUUGGUGAAUAGAGAUCACUAUAAACAGCGAGAAAGACAACAGUUAGAAAGAUAGAGAGAGAAGAAAAUCAAUGGAAGCCAUGGCUGUUUUCGGAGGAAAUUCAUGUGUUGUCUCAUCUAUUCAUUCAUCAUCACAUAGAAAUGGAACCUCAUCUUUAUCUUACUCUGCUCAAAAUCUUACCUUACGCAACACUAAUCAUCUUGCAGCAUUUCGUUCAUCUUCUUCACUUUUCUCAUUUUCUCAUGUUAAAAUACAUUCCAAGAAAAAUAAACCCCAUAUCUUCCUUCCUCACUUGGUUGCUUCCAUGAAACAAGUUGAUGAAACUUAUAUUAUGAUUAAGCCAGAUGGAGUUCAACGUGGGCUGGUUGGAGAAAUAAUUUCUAGGUUUGAAAGGAAAGGGUUUAAGUUGACUGGUUUGAAGCUAUUUCAAUGUCCUAAAGAAUUAGCAGAGGAGCAUUACAAAGAUCUAAGUUCGAAGCCGUUCUUCCCUAGCCUCAUCGAGUACAUUACUUCCGGCCCAGUUGUUUGUAUGGCAUGGGAGGGUGUCGGUAUUGUUCCAUCAGCACGUAAGCUUAUAGGGGCAACAAAUCCUCUCCAAGCCGAACCAGGCACCAUUAGAGGGGAUUUAGCUGUUCAAACAGGAAGGAACGUCGUUCAUGGAAGUGACAGUCCUGAGAAUGGCAAGCGUGAAAUUGAUCUCUGGUUCAAUGAAGAAGAAGUAAUUCAGUGGACACCAGCUCAAGCACCUUGGCUCAGGGAAUAAUUUGUUGCCCGUAACUCUAGGAAAGACGGAGACUGUUUAUUAGAGUUCAUCCAGUUUUGGCAAGUUCGGAAGCUUCUCUCGGUCGAAUGCAUUUUAACCUGAUUUUAAAAAUUUAUAAACAAGAGAAUGUCAAAAUUGGAUGCCUGUAACAUUUGAAAUAUACAAGUUGGUAUCCACAAUAACAUUAUCCAAAUUCCAUUAUCUGUCUUACACUUCUAAA